AUGUCUGAAUUGAAGGUAGCUGGAGCUGAGAGUGCGUUGGCCCGUGUUGUCAACUCGGGUCCUAUCUCGAUCCUGUCAUACUGUGGGUCCUCUAUUCUGAUGACAGUGACCAACAAGUUUGUGGUGAAUUUGCAGGAUUUUAACAUGAACUUGGUUAUGCUGUUUGUGCAAUCUUUGGUUUGUACUUUGGCGUUAGUCGUUUUGAAGUUCUUGGGUUAUGCAAAGUUCCGUCCUAUAAACAAGACCGAUACCAAAAACUGGUUGCCAAUUUCUGUGCUACUAGUUUUGAUGAUCUACACUUCUUCCAAGGCUUUGCAAUACUUGGCUGUUCCUAUCUACACCAUUUUCAAGAAUUUGACCAUUAUUUUGAUCGCUUAUGGUGAGGUUUUGUUCUUUGGUGGCUCCAUCACUUCCAUGGAAAUGUCCUCGUUUUUGUUGAUGGUUCUGUCCUCUGUUAUUGCCACAUGGGGUGACCAACAGGCUUUGGCCAAGAAGGCCGCUGAGAGUGUGGGAGAAUCAGCUCUUCCAUUCAACGUCGGUUACGUGUGGAUGUUCACCAACUGUAUCUCUUCUGCACUAUUUGUGCUGAUCAUGAGAAAGAGAAUCAAGUUGACCAACUUCAAGGAUUUCGAUACCAUGUUCUACAACAACGUUCUUGCUAUGCCAAUCCUAUUGGGUGCUUCCUUCCUGGUUGAGGACUGGUCCCAAGCUAACUUGGCUAUUAACUUGUCUCAAGACUCUGUUAUCGCUAUGAUCAUCUCCGGUUUGGCUUCUGUUGGUAUCUCCUACUGUUCUGGUUGGUGUGUUCGUGUCACCUCUUCAACCACUUACUCCAUGGUCGGUGCUUUGAACAAGCUACCAAUUGCACUCUCUGGUUUGAUCUUUUUCGAUGCUCCAAGAAACUUCUUGUCCAUCCUUUCGAUCUUCAUCGGUUUCCUAUCCGGUAUCGUGUACGCUGUCGCCAAACAAAAGAAGAUGCAAAACCAAGCUGCUCAAAAAUAA